GUUUGCUUUACAGCCUCGCGCCAUUUUAAGAAAGGAUCAACUCGUUCUCCGUGACGAGACUACACGUUGUGCAUAGCGUGGACAGGAAUACAUUUAAACUACUAGAAGGAUUUUGUAAAUACAUGCACGAAGAGUUCCAAAGGCACGCGCAGAGGGGUUUGGGCUAAAAUUGGAGUUCUCCGUCAGAAGUGAAUGAGACGCUGAGGUAACGUGAGACGUGAACAAUGACUCAGUUUCUCCCCCCGAACCUGCUGGCAUUGUUUGCCCCGCGGGAUCCGAUACCGUUCCUGCCUCAACUGGAGAAACUUCCCCAUGAGAAACAUCACAACCAACCGUACUGCGGAAUUGCUCCGUUCAUCCGGCAUUUUGAGGACCCCAGAGAUGCCCCACCACCCACAAGAGCAGAGACACGCGAUGAAAGGAUGGAAAGAAAGAGAAGGGAGAAGAUGGAAAGGAGGCAAGGUCUGGUGGAAACCGAACUUAAGCUAUGGGACCCACACAAUGAUGCUAAUGCACAGGGAGAUGCAUUUAAGACCUUGUUUGUGGCUCGAGUCAAUUAUGACACCACAGAAUCCAAGCUGCGUCGUGAGUUUGAAGUCUAUGGUCCUAUCAAACGGAUCUACAUCGUGUACAACAAGAAAACCGGAAAACCCAGAGGCUACGCUUUUAUCGAAUACGAACACGAGAGAGACAUGCAUUCUGCCUACAAGCAUGCUGAUGGUAAAAAGAUAGAUGGACGUCGAGUACUUGUUGAUGUUGAAAGAGGACGAACAGUCAAAGGAUGGCGACCCCGUCGACUCGGUGGAGGUCUUGGUGGUACAAGAAGAGGUGGAGCAGAUGUCAACAUCAAGCAUUCUGGCAGAGAUGACACAUCCCGCUAUGAUGACAGACCAAUUGGAAGUGAUCGCGACCGGGAUCGUGGUGAACGAAGGGAGCGCAGCCGUGACCGAGACAAGGAACGCGAACGAAGGCGCACUCGUUCUCGAGAAAGACGCAGGCAUACCAGGUCUCGUGAGCGUGAGAGGGUCCCUGCUGUUCCAGGAGAGGAAAGUGGGGUCCCCAGCCGACGUCGAGACAGAGAAAGGGAGAGAGGUGCUGCUGGGGACAGUCGAGAGAGGAGUAGGGACCGGGAUAGAGAGCGAGACCGCAAGAGAAGAAGCAGAAGCAGGGACAGAAAGAGAGAGAGGGAGAGAGGGAAGGGUGCAGAUGGAGGUGAAGGCGUUGGCGGGCUAGCUGAUGGCGUUGUUCCAGAAGGCGGAGAAAGGGGCAUGGAAGACGCCUUGGGUGGUGAACCAGGACGGGGUGAAGAAGGGGGGCCAGAGGGGGAGGAGAGGGGACGAGGUGACCGAGACAAAGACAGGGAGAGAGACAGAGACCGAAAGCGCAGUCACAGGGAUAAAGACAGAGACCGGGAUCGGGAUAGAAGGCGAGACCGGGACAGAGAUCGGGAACAUAAGCGUGACCGUGGCGAUCGGGACCGUGGGGAACGAAGGGAAGAUAGACACGUGUCCUCCUCGGGUGAUAAAGAGGGUUUGGGCAAUGGUGGUGAAGAAGGUGAGGAACGAGUUCCACCACAAUCAGAGGAAGGUUCACAGGAUGGGAUGAUGAUGGAUCAGGAUUCCAUGCAGUCAGGAGAGGGCUAUGCCUCCAAUGAGAAUGGGUACAGGCUGGAGGCACAGGGGGAUGAGUACUAAAAAUGUGCCAGAGAAGUGUGUAUGAUCCAGUUGUAAUGUUUAUUUGAUUCAUAAAUAUUCUCCACCAUUAUUUAAUUCCUCCUCCAGCCUUGCUUACACUUUGUGCACAGUGUGUGUGAGUUAUACUGUACCACAAAAAACUAUUACUGACUUUGUGUCUCCCUGCAUAGAAGCAUCCUUUUGUUAAAAUAAAAGAUAAUGUAGCUGUA